CGAGUUCUUGGUCUGUUGUUGAAAACAAAAGAAAAAGAAAAGAAAAGAGAGAGUAUAUAUGCACUUUCAACGGUGGCGUUGCAUUAAAAAAAAAAAAAAUUCUGCAACAAUAGCAAACCGUUGAACGCUAUCAAUUGCAAUUUUCCGGAUUUCUGAAUUGUUGUCAUUUGAUUUUGAUUAAGCAAUUCUAGUUCUCUUUUCAUGUCACGUCACAUAUUCAAUUGACCUUCUAGGAAGUUUUAAACCUUGAUGGAAGAAGGGUUUAUAUUCGUAAUCGGGUGUCCAUGAAAAGAGUCUAAAAUUUUAGAACGUUUUGUACUUUGGAAUCCGGGUUCUUAUUGUAACAAUUGCAAGAUUCGAUUUUUUCUUGGAAGAAAAAAACGAAAAAAAAACAUGGGUUUGGAUUACUAUAAUGUGUUGAAUGUUAACAGAAAUGCUACAGAGGAUGAUCUAAAAAAAGCGUAUAGAAAGUUGGCCAUGAAAUGGCACCCUGACAAGAACCCCACAAACAAAAAAGAAGCUGAAGCCAAUUUCAAAGAGAUCUCUGAGGCAUACGAGGUACUGAGCGAUCCACAGAAGAGGGUGGUUUAUGAUCAGGAUGGAGAGGAAGGGCUGAAAGAUAGGCCACCACCAGGUAAUGAAUCAGCAUCAAGUGGGUUUAAUCCCAGAAAUGCAGAGGAUAUUUUUGCAGAAUUCUUUGGAAGUAGCCCUUUUGGAUUUGGGUCAUCUGGGCCAGGAAGGUCCAAGAGGUUCCCAUCUGAUGGAGGUGGAUUCAGUGCAACUGACAAUAAUUUCCGAACCUAUAGUACAGGACGGGCGAAUAUGCCAAAGAAGCCACUACCUGUGGAGACCAAACUAGCUUGUAGUUUGGCGGAGUUAUACUCUGGAUCUACCAGGAAAAUGAAGAUCUCAAGGAGUGUCGUGGAUGUUAACGGACAGGCAAUACCAGAGACCGAGAUACUAACCAUUGAGGUGAAGCCGGGUUGGAAGAAAGGGACAAAGAUUACAUUCCCAGACAAAGGGAAUCAGCAACCAAAUCAACUGGCAGCAGACCUUGUGUUCGUGAUUGAUGAGAAGCCUCAUGAUUUGUUCGAUAGAGAUGGCAAUGACCUCAUUGUGAGCAAAAGGGUGUCACUGGCAGAGGCCAUUGGAGGAACCACAAUAAAUCUCACCACACUCGAUGGACGCAGUUUGAGUAUUCCUGUGAGUGACAUAGUGAGCCCUGGUUAUGAGAUGAUUGUUGCAAAUGAAGGGAUGCCAAUAACAAAGGAGCCUGGUCAUAGGGGUGAUUUGAGGAUCAAAUUUGAUGUGAAGUUUCCAACAAGGUUGACACAUGAGCAACGAGCAGGACUCAAACGAGCAUUGGGAAGUUGACUCCUUUGAAUUUAAGUCAUUUGAAUGUUGUCAUUUAUCUCCAUACAUAUUCAAUGUUUCUCAUAUUCGCAUAAGAGAUCCUUGGUUUUCUUUUCAUCAUUUGUGUGUUUUUUCCCUCAACGAUUUGUUGUAAUUUUUCAGUGAUUCUUUAUUUGGGGGUAUAAAUGUGCAAUAUACGGCUCCUUCUUAUUGUUGUAAUUCUUUGCUACAAUAGGUUCUAAAUUGCACAUAGCAGUCGAAAGGAAGUUUGUUCAUACAUCUUGUACCAAGGUUUUUUGGGUUGUAACAAGACAAUGAUGUUGUAGUUUCAUUUUUCUUUUCUUUA